UCUUCACCUUUCUUCUCUUGCUUUCAGGGCUUGCGAUUUUAAGUGGGGGAGGUAGAGAGAGCAAUCUACCAGAUUCACCGAUUACCAACAACAAACAAGAUCACUAUGGUGCUCUCUGACUUCACUGGAGUCGGUGUUGGAUUUGGGUUCGGUGUUGGUUGUGGAUUUGGCGUUGGAUGGGGUUUUGGAGGAAUGCCUAUGAACAUCUUAGGUGUUGGUGCUGGUGGCGGUUGCGGGGUGGGUUUGGGCCUCGGGUGGGGUUUCGGGACUGCGUUUGGGAGUCACUAUCGUUCAUCUAGACUUACAUUUCAAGGCAUCGAGUUAGAGACUGCCGAUAAACGGGAGGAGGUGGUGGCUAACAUGUCCAAAAACUCCACUUAAGCAGUCGUGUGCUUCAAUACUCUGCUCGGAUUGAUUGUAAAAGAAUUCUGACACCUUUUCUUAUUUCUCAAUGAAACGGUUACUUCAAAUAAUCCAAUACGAAAUGCAUUUCUGUAUUCUGAAUUGUCAUUUUUAGAAGGUUCCACUUCAAUCUUGGGUUUAGUCCCAAAUAAUUCUACAAUGGUUAAUAGGAUUGGUGCCU